GUAUCGACGUCUAUGCUGCGGUCUUUAGGAAUUCCGGCGUCAUACAGUUCAUUUGAAAGAACGUUCGCUAGGAGGCUUCACCGGGCGAGCUGUGAGUAUGCCUAUCGACUUGCUUGUGACCCCACCCGAGUUCCUGUACUUUUCAACAACGUUUUCAAAUUGACACUUAAGGCUGCUGGUACCGUUGAUCGACUCAAGUAUAGUCUGCAGUCAACUCUGAGUCGAAGCACAAGAGAGCCACUCUCAAACUGGGGUGUCACAUAUAUCCAUGUCGGUGGUGCGGGUACACAUUAUCCUAGACCACCCGAAGAGGGCGGUCUUAGUUAUCAAUCACCAACCUCUUGGGCCGUAACCGCAGUUGGACCUCAUAAAAUUGGCGGAUCUACCAUUGAAGAGGCUCUUACGGCAGAAAUGUUACUGCGCGGAGUUAUGGGCUUGGUCGGUUUCCCUACAUGUGGAAUCAAAUGUACAAAGCUAAUCGUGUGUCAGGAUGGUGAAUGGUUCGACGCAUACGACGUCGAGGGUUAUCUUGCGGAGAAAGGCAUUUAUUUGGACCCCAGUGCGACUUAUGCGGAGAUCGAGCUGCCAGAAGAAGAGUCU